AUGCUGGAGAACGGCUCCUUCUCCAACUGCUGCGAGGCGGGCGAGCCGGCUGUGCGCCCGGGCUGGCCGGGGGCGGGUAGCGCGCGGUCCUCCGGGACCGCCCGUCCUCCCUGGGUGGCGCCCGCGCUGUCCGCCGUGCUCAUCGUCACCACAGCAGUGGACGUCGUGGGCAACCUCCUAGUCAUCCUGUCAGUGCUCAGGAACCGCAAGCUCCGGAACGCGGGCAAUUUGUUCUUGGUGAGUCUGGCAUCGGCUGACCUGGCGGCGGCCUUGUACCCGUACCCACUAAUCCUCGCAGCCAUCUUCCAUGACGGCUGGGCCCUGGCCGAGGCGCACUGCAAGGCCAGUGCCUUCGUGAUGGGCCUGAGUGUCAUUGGCUCCGUCUUCAACAUCACUGCCAUUGCCAUUAACUGCUGCUGCUAUGUCUGCCACAGCAUGGUCUACCACCAGAUCUGCCAGCCCUGGCACACGCCCUUCUACAUCUGCCUUGUCUCGCUCCUCACUGUGGGGGCCUUGGUGCCCAACUUUUUCAUGGGGUCCCUGGAGUAUGACCCGCGUGUCUACUCCUGCACCUUCAUCCAGGUGGCCAGCACCCAGUACACAAUGGCAGUGGUGGUCAUUCAUUUCUUCCUCCCCAUCACUGUCAUGUCCUUCUGUUACCUGCGCAUCUGGGCACUGGUGCUUCAGGCCUGCAGGAGGGCCAGGUCAGACACCAAGCUGCGCCCGAAGCCCAGCGACAUCUGGAGCUUUCUGACCAUGUUCGUGGUGUUUGUGAUCUUUGCUAUCUGCUGGGCCCCACUGAACGGCAUUGGCCUCGCUGUGGCCAUCGACCCAGAAGAAAUACCUCCCCAGGUCCCGGAGGGGCUCUUUGUGGCUAGCUACUUCCUGGCUUAUUUCAACAGCUGCCUUAAUGCCCUAGUCUAUGGGCUCCUGAACCAGAACUUCCGCAGGGAAUACAAAAAGAUAGUCUCAGUCCUCUGGAACCCUCGGUACUGUGUUCAGAAUGCUUCCAAGGGCAGCCAAGCUCCACCUGUGGGGAAUGCCCAGCACCCUGUCCACCCACAGUUUGUGGAACUUCAUCGGGUGGACAAGAAGCUCGUCAGCACCAUGGGUUCAGGCUGUUCAGGGGAGGCCUACAGCAGCAUCAUCCGCUGCUCCAGCCCACUCUUCCUCUCUCCUCCAGCCCCUGGGAGCCCUCGCCAUUACUUCAGGGCUCCAGUGGCCUGUCCCUGUGUCCACGCUGGCUCUGCUGGAUCACCUGGCCUGCCUUCGGCCACCAGCUCCUCCCGGAAGGACCUCAUGCCGGUGUCUGCUCUCCUGGACCACCACGAUUCCUGGCUCUCGCGGGCAAGAGGCUCCUUCUGGUUUUGCCCACUGCCUUUGUAG